AUGUCGAAUCAAGGACAGUCACGAGGAUGGGACGAAACUUCUCACAACGAUCUACAGCAGAUCCUGAACGAUCACGGCAAGUUCACCGUCAACGGUGAUAUCACAAAAUGGGCGCAGAUUAUCGCUCUAUUUCGCGCAAAAGGCUAUAAUCGGUCGAAGGAUGCCUGCCAAUGUCGAGUCCAUGCGAAGGGUAUGAAGAAAAUCGCUCGGGACGUUCAAGCACAGCGCGUGGCCCGUGGCGAGCCUGCCACAUUGGAAAGUGAGCUCGACUCUGACUCUGAAUCCGAGUCUGACGAUGAUGGUAAACCCCAGGGGAGCAACAGCGCUGCUAGUCAAACUCGUCCUGCGGCGUCCAACGAUGCUACCGCUGGCAUGGCUCCUCGCAGUGGUACUGGCGCCACGGUGUUGGAGCCGAUCUACGACGCUGGAGGAAACACUAUUGCUUACAUGAGGAAGAACAAAGACCUUGGAACUUUAAUCAGCAUCAUUUCUGUUGCCGAGGCUCAACAGAAGCUCGAUUCUGGGUUGCGAAAACUUGGUGAUUGUCAGGUAUACGGGUAA